UCUUACACAAUUGUUGGCAGCUCAGUUAACAAACUACCGGUAGUUUAUUGUGAGAGCGAUUUGACUCAACAAUGAAGAAAGAGAGGUGGAACAGUUCCUACCUGAAAUACGUGUCUUUUUAAUGAGUCAAACAUUUCUGAUGACAGCCUGCCAAGACCCACCGGCUCCAGCUUCCAAAAUCGUGCCGAGUCAUCGUGGUGUGAUGGGUGAAAGUGAGUGAGAAAGACAGCAGCACCAGGAGAGACCGGUUGGUGUUCAUGGAGCGGAGACUGGCUGUGGUGUGGACAAGCCUGCUGGCAGCUGGACUCAUCCUGGUCCUGCCUCCAGCCUUGUGCAUUACAACCUCCAAGGCCUCCCCCCGCCCGCCUCGGCUAAUCGGCUGUGUGUUUGUGAAUCGAGGUAACAUCACCUGCCGCUGGGAGGCUGGAGACACCCCAACAACAAGCUACACUCUGCUAAUUCAGAAGAAGCGUGGACCUGAGCCCUUUACAACAAACAGCUCUCUGACGCCGUUCACCUGCACCACUCCUGACACCAGCUGCACGGCGGAUAUUGGCAUGUCAUCUGUGAGGUUUAACUUCUGCAUCACCGUCACAGCACACAGUCACCGCGGGGACAUAUCGUCAGAGCUUCGGUGUCAGCCUGGUAGGAUUGAAGUGAUGUUGCCUCCAGUGAUUUUGGACGGUGUGGAACCAGUCAGCGGGAUGCCUCUGUGUCUGAACGUGACCUGGAGACGCACCUAUGCAGUCUUUCCUGUGUCUGACUCUGAAAUCAGAGCUGGAGUGCUGAAUUCCCAAAUUGAGAUCACAGCAAAGGGACAGCUUGAAGUCCAGGUCAAAAAUGUGACAGUGAAAGCCUACAGCUUCCUGGUUUGUCUCUUCAGACCCGACGCUUCAUAUGCUGUCAGGCUCCGUCACCGUUACCGGGGCCCGCAGAGCCCCUGGAGCCCAUGGAGCAACGCACGCCAAGGAAGGACAGCAGAGGACGCUCCAUCUGCAGCACCGGCAUUCUGGAGGCAAGUGAAACAGACAGACAAGAAUGGGUGGAGAUUCAUCUCACUGCUUUGGAAGCCCUUGCCUCACUUUCUGGCCAAUGGCAGAGUUCACUUCUAUAACGUGACUUGUUGGACAGAGCGUGCUCAAAUUCUGAAUGACCAUGGAAGCUGCAGAGAUUUGCACCAUGCAAGUACGUCGUGCACCUUGCUCCUCCCUGCCGAACCCUGCUCCUGCACUCUGACUGCCUCCAAUUCGGUCGGGACAUCACCAGAAGCCCAGAUAUGGCUCCUUGGAGCCUCCGAGACAGAGGCACCUGAACCGAGUUCAAUCAGUGUAAGUCCAGUGGAUGACCACAACUUAGAUGUUAGUUGGAGGGCUCCAGCUGAUCGAUCAGUGAGUGGAUUUGUCGUGGAGUGGUUCGCUGUCAGGGAGAAAAACAGCAGCAUCCUACACUGGGAAAAGUUGAAUAGUUCCCUUACAACGCUCGUCAUUACAGAGGGAGUGAAGCCGAUGGAGCUCUAUGCUGUUUCUGUCAAAGCACUGUAUGGUGAGCGUGGGGCAGGGAAGAACAGGACAAUUCACAUUUACACACGCCAAGGAGUGCCCUCAGCUGGUCCUAAUGUAGGGGUGCAGCAGAUAUCCGGCGGGACAGUGGAGCUCACUUGGAGUCCUGUGCCUGUGGAGCUGCUUCAUGGUUUCAUCCGCAGCUACACACUGUGCUACGCCGCGACAAACCAACCAGCCAGGAAUGUGACUGUGCCUGGUCAUGUUCACCGUUACUCUCUGGAGAACCUGUCGCCUGGUAACUACGACAUCUUCAUGCAGGCAAACACUGUCGUUGGCACCGGAGCAGCUGGGCCCAUCAUCAAUGUUUACAUAGGCCCUGAUGAAGUCUCUAUAGUGAUGUAUGCUGUCCUUCCUUUCGUCCUGACUGUGCUGGCGAUGGUACUGAUGGCCUGCCUGGCACAAAGUAAGAUCGUGAAACAGAAGCUGUGUCAGUUUGUUCCCGAUCCUUCUAACAGCAGUCUGGCCCAGUGGACCACCUUAGAGAGUAUGAAGCAGUCUUCAGUACCAGAAAAGCCUGAAAUUAAAUUCUCUGAAGUAAUUUUGCUCAGUGAAAGUGAGCAUCAGAACUCCGACCUGGAUCACGCCACCAGCUAUCAGAGCAUCUGUGAUCUCCAAACUUAUUCUUCACACCGUUACUCUCCACUCCCCUCUUCAGGGUCUCAGACACCUCAAAACACCAGAAUAUCAGAGAAGAAAUUCAACAGGAGCCCAACCAGAGCCAAGACAACCUCCAACACUGGUCUCUCCUCAAGGCCCUCCAUCUACUCUGAAGCCAUCAUCUCUCAGAUGGUUAAAAAUUCUUCUGAACCCAUCCUGCCUCCUUACCAUCACCAAUCCAAAGACUGGCAGUGCAGCACUGCCAGCAUUAGUGACAUUAAGCUGCAGCUAGGUGGAGACAGUGAGCUUUUUGGGGAGAGGAGGGCAGGACCACCACAAGAGGGAAGGAGUGCCACAAAAACCGAUUCACCUUCCGAAACCCUCCGUCUUUUUCUGAAACAGCAUCAAAGCCCCAUUAAUUUCUCUGACUUAAGCAGCAUCUCUCAGUCCUCUGUCUUACUUUCUCACCCAGCUGGGAUCACUUCACCCAAACACCUUUUUUCUCAGACCAACUUUAACUCAGUUCAGCCCGACACCUUCGCUCUCUCCACUGCUCCUUCUGACAAUUUUUCAUCUUUCCUUCCUCCUGUUUUUGUGGAUUUCUCCUACUGUCCUGUGGAAUGUGAUCCAUACAUCUCCACUGAUAUUUGAUUUCAUGUUAGGGAACCUUCAUCAUUUUUAUGCAAUUUCAAAUCACAGUUUAUCAGAAACACUUUUUUUAUUUAAUAUUUUUUAGCUUAGCAUAAAGACUGGAAACCGCACCUUUAAAAUGAAACACAUGCUUACCUUAAGUCAAACAAAACCUAGCUGUUUGUAGUCUUUAUGGUUAGCAAAACUAACCAGCUCCUGGUCAUAACCAUGGUCGCCAUGCAGAAAUUAGAUUGGUAACAACCAAUUCUCAGCGUGUUCCAAGUGUUACAUACACUAUUUCUUCAAUUACAUCUAUUUUGUUUCAGUUUUUUCAAGUGAAAAAGUCUAAGGGAGGAUAAAUACUUUUUCUAGACACUGGAGUAUUUGUAACUGAGUCAUUAUAUUGUGUUUGAUCCAUUACAAAGGUUUGAAAAUGUAUUUUUAACAUUGUACUACUAUACAUAUUUAAAAUACAGUAUACUAUAUGUCUGAGCCAUAACUUAAAUGCUGAGGAAUGCCAGUAACACAAAUUGCUUCUGUACAUAGUCUAUACACUGAUGCUUGAGAUGUUUUAUAUUUCUUUAUCCAGUGCACCUUUAUUUAUGUAUGUGCUAUUGUACAGGUAAAAGCAAUUUUGAAGCAUUGUUGGGAUGUCUAGUAAUGUGUGUGUGUGUGUGAAUGUUCAUCAGGAUCAUAAAAAAUAUUUUGAAAAGAGACCAAAUCAACCCUGCAUACAAAGACUAUAGAUUGGCUAACAGUUAAUAUAAUUUUUUUUUCUCCUGUAUAUAUCCAUUAUUUACCUUUCAGUCAGGGACUCUUUAGAGUUCCAUUAGUUCACUCAUGAUCCUUUGAAAACUCACAUACCUCAGAUUCAGAUUUCUUUUGUAGCUAAACUGCUGCUAGCUGAAUUUCAGUCUUACCAUGAGCCUCCAUUGUAGCAGUGCUUUUAACUGUGAUUAUGUCAGAGCUGAAGCUCUUUUCAGUUUACAUUUUUUGUAUGUUUAAGCAUUAAAAUGUCCACUUCAAUUUACGAGAAACUAUUUCAACAUUAAAACAGUACAUAUGCUA